GCCUGGGCAGGGCGAAGAUCCCCAUUGCUGUCGGUGAUGGCAUCAGUAAGCAGCAAAGCCAACCCACUCAUUUCGACCCUUCCUCACAUUCUCACAUGGCCCAGGUUCCGAUUCCGCACCAUGUGCAGCGCCCGUCUCGGCUUUGCUUCCUACUCCUCCUCAUCCACAUCAGCCUCUGUCUCACCAGUCACUUCUGAAACCCCAGCCGCCGGAACAAAGGUUCUUGAAACUUUUAAGGAAGAAUUCGAAAUCGGAUCGCGCCCAAUUACGCUGGAAACUGGAAAGAUCGCUCGGUUUGCUAAUGGGGCUGUUGUUUUGGCCAUGGAAGAGACAAAGGUUCUCUCCACUGUUGCUUCGGCUAAAGGCGACGGCGUUCGCGAUUUCUUGCCCCUCACUGUUGAAUACCAAGAGAAACAGUUUGCCCAAGGUGUCAUACCAAACACAUACAUGCGAAGAGAGGGCGCUCCAAAAGAGCGUGAACUUUUAUGUGGUCGUCUCAUUGAUCGACCUAUACGCCCGCUUUUUCCUCCUGGAUUUUACCAUGAGGUUCAGGUAAUGGCAAGUGUUCUUUCUUCAGAUGGGAAGCAAGAUCCUGAUGUAAUGGCAGCUAAUGCUACAUCUGCUGCUCUUAUGUUAUCAGAUAUCCCUUGGGGUGGCCCAAUUGGUGUGAUACGUAUAGGGAGAAUUUGUGGUCGGUUCAUAGUUAAUCCAAGCAUUAAUGAGCUUAGCAUGAGUGAUCUCAACUUGGUAUAUGCUUGCACAAGGGAUAAAACACUGAUGAUAGAUGUACAAGCACGUGAAAUUUCAGAAAGGGAUUUAGAAGCUGCACUGAGACUGGCUCAUCCUGAGGCAGUUAAGUAUCUAGAGCCUCAAAUCAGACUGGCAGCAAAAGCUGGUAAGCAGAAGAAGGAAUACAAGUUGUCCAUGGUAUCAAAAGAGACUAUAGAGAAAAUCAGGAAUCUAGCUGAAGCACCAAUUGAGGCUGUGUUCACUGAUCCUACAUAUGGCAAGUUUGAACGUGGAGAAGCCUUAGAUAGGAUAACUCAAGAUGUCAAAAAAGCGCUUGAGGAAGAAUGCGAUGAAGAAGGCUUGAAAUUUUUAUCAAAGACAGUUGACACAGUAAGGAAAGAGGUUGUCCGCAGAAGGAUUAUAUCUGAAGGAUCAAGGGUUGAUGGCAGAGUUCUUGAUGAAGUUAGGCCUGUGUAUUGUGAAGCUGGUAACUUGCCUGUGCUGCAUGGAUCAUCUUUGUUUUCACGUGGAGAUACUCAGGUUCUUUGUACUGUGACUCUUGGAGCUCCUGGACAGGCUCAACGAUUGGAUUCCGUUGUUGGUCCUUCGACCAAGCGCUUCAUGCUUCACUAUAGUUUCCCCCCAUUUUGCAUUAAUGAAGUUGGUAAACGAGUUGGGCUCAACAGACGUGAAGUAGGACAUGGAACUCUUGCUGAGAAAGCUUUGCUGGCUGUUUUACCACCUGAAGAUGACUUUCCAUACACAGUUCGUAUCAAUUCUGAAGUCAUGGCAUCUGAUGGUUCCACAUCAAUGGCAACUGUCUGUGGAGGCAGCAUGGCAUUAAUGGAUGCAGGGAUCGCGGUGAGAGAGCAUGUUGCAGGUGUAUCAGUUGGUCUUGUUAGCAAAGUUGACUCUGCAACUGGUGAAAUCAAGGAUUAUCGUAUAUUAACUGAUAUUUUAGGGCUGGAAGAUCAUCUAGGUGACAUGGACUUUAAAAUUGCUGGCACUCGAAAGGGAGUUACAGCAAUUCAAUUGGAUAUAAAACCUGCUGGGAUUCCAUUGGAUAUCAUAUGUGAGUGCCUGGAACCGGCCCUUAAAGGCCGGCUUCAGAUCCUUGACCACAUGGAGCGAGAGAUUGAUGCACCACGUGCUAAGGAUGACCGGAAUUCUCCUCGAUUAGCCACAUUAAAGUACAGCAAUGAUGCUAUUCGCCGCCUGAUUGGACCUCUUGGUGCUUUGAAGAGGAAAAUUGAAGAAGAGACGGGUGCAAGGAUAUCUGUAAGUGAUGGAACACUUACUAUACUUACAAAAAAUCAAGCAGUAAUGGAGAAAGUACAAGAGAAGGUUGAUCUAGUAAUUGGCCGUGAGAUAGAAGUUGGUGGCAUCUAUAAAGGCACUAUUACCUCAAUAAAAGAAUAUGGCGCUUUUGUGGAAUUUAAUGGUGGUCAGCAAGGUCUGCUUCACAUUUCUGAAUUGUCAAAUGAACCGGUUACUCGAGUUUCAGAUGUAGUAUCAGUUGGCCAGCAACUUUCAUUAAUGUGCAUCGGGCAGGAUGUUCGUGGUAACAUCAAGUUAUCUCUUAAAGCUACGCUUCAUAGAAUUGGAUCCAAUGCAGAUGAUACAGUUGGAGAAUUGAAGGUUUCAGCCCCAAAAGAGCCUAAUGUUUUGCCACCCGUUAAUCAGCUGCACAUUCAGCAGGAAAAGGAGGAUUCUCCCUCGGAAGAUCAGCCUUUUGAACACAAUAUGAAUGUGGAAAUAUCGUCAUCAUCCUCACCUGUGAUUCUAAUCCGGAGUGCUGCUGAGUGUGAGGAAGAAGAAAAAAAUUCUGCUGUGGAUUUGAGUUCCAGAAACGGUUCUUUUACUUCCAGAAGUUCUUUAAAAUUGAAAACUGAAGCACCUGAUCUGAACUUUAGAAGUGACGAUGAAGAUACGGAUGAAAGACACACUGCAGACCCAAGUCUGUUGCAGAACAAUCCGAAUGACAUGGAAACUGACAAUGUGCCUAACAUAAGUGCUAGGCAGCUGAAGAUUGGUAUGGUGUUGACUGCUAAGGUUCAUCAGAUACGUGCACGUGGCUUAGUCCUUGACUUGGGUGGUGGAAUCCGCGGAAUGUAUCGAUUUGAGACUGGUGUCAAGAGGUACUUUGGGGUUGGUGAAGAGCUACGGGUGAAAUGUUCAAGUUUUUCUGGUAAGGGGAUUCCGGUCAUGUCUUUGUUGGAAGAGUAGUGCACGGCAGAUAUCCUCAUCCUGUGAGUUACUUAUCUUGACGGCGAAUAGAUUGGAUGUAAUACCAUACACUCGUUUAUACAACAAGACAUAGCCCACAUAUUUGCAAUGUGAUCAAGGAGUGAAGCAUGUCUUAAUUCGUGUCUCCUUGUGGUAAUGAGUACUGCUUUACUAGGUAUUGGAAUCUUCUGCACCUGCUGCACUUCAGCUGUACAUUCAAAAUAGGCGGAUUCACUGACAUCAACUAGAUGGAUAGGUAGGCCCUUUUUUGCAUGCAGUAGUAAGUUUUGGAGGGCAUGUUUGUAUCCCUCUCUUGCCUGUCUGUUUACUGCCAUUUGAUUUCCGUUGAAGAGGAAAUUAAUGCUUUACUUUUUGAGGGGCUGGGAUGUCGUUUCUGCUGGAACUGGAUAGAGCAUCAUUGAUGGCUAAUUUGUUGCUUCGAAAGAACUUAGUUCUUAGUUCCCGAAUUUACCAUGGUUGUAAAUAUGAAAAAGCAAUUGAGUGAAUCCAGUUGUUGUAUUCACUUGAUCAUCCUCCUUUACGCGAGCCUAUUUCUCGUCUUC